ACUUCACCCCAAAUGAGUAAACAGCACACACGAGAUUUGUAGGAGGAUCAAAAUCAAAAUGGCUAGGGCACAAUUUGGGAGCAGAAUCCUACUCCUAUUGCUGUCUAUGGCCUUGUCGGUGGUGGAAUCGGACAUCGGAGUGAAUUGGGGAACGGUGGCGUCCCACCGCCUGGCGCCGGAGACGGUGGUGGAUCUUUUGAAGGAAAACAAGAUUUCUAAAGUGAAGCUAUUCGACGCUGAUUCCACUGUGCUGCGGGCAUUGAAGGGCAGCGGGAUUGAAGUCAUGGUUGGAAUCCCUAACGAGAUGCUGGCAUUGCUCAGCACAUCUGCUCCUGCUUCUGAUUUGUGGGUUGCUCAGAAUGUUUCCAGAUAUUUGAUCAAAGGCGGGGUUAAUAUCAAGUACAUUGCAGUAGGAAACGAACCGUUUCUGACUAGUUAUUCGGGUCAAUAUCAAUCCUAUGUCUUACCUGCUAUGGCGAAUUUGCAACAGUCUCUUGCAAGAGCAAAUCUUGCAGCAAUGGUGAAGCUUGUUGUCCCCUGUAAUGCUGAUGCGUAUGAAUCGUCUCUACCGUCUCAAGGAGCUUUUCGCCCUGAGCUCACUGAAAUCAUAACUCAGCUCGUCACGUUCCUGAAUUCGAAUGGUUCGCCUUUCAUCGUGAAUAUUUACCCUUUCCUAAGCUUGUAUGGAAACAAAGACUUUCCUCAGGACUAUGCAUUCUUCGGGGGUACAGAUCAUCCGGUGGUGGAUGGAUCGAACAUUUAUUACAAUGCAUUUGAUGGAAAUUUCGACACUUUAGUUGCAGCUCUAUCCAAACUCGGAUUCCCUCAAAUGCCAAUUGUUAUAGGCGAGGUGGGAUGGCCGUCGGAUGGAGCUCCAAGUGCUAACCUUAGUGCUGCAAGAGCUUUCAACGGAGGACUCGUGGAACACGUUUUGAGCAAAAAGGGAACCCCUCUGAGGCCGGGUGUGCCUCCAGAAGACGUGUAUCUUUUCAGCCUCUUUGACGAGGAUGGAAAAAGUGUACUCCCGGGGAAUUUUGAGAGACAUUGGGGCAUCUUCUCGUUCGAUGGGCAGGCAAAGUAUUCGCUGAAUCUUGGCCACGGGCAGUUGAAGAAUGCGAAAGAAGUUGCAUAUCUACCUUCCAGGUGGUGCGUCGUGAAUCCCUACCGAGACAUUUCUAGAGUGGCUGACCACUACAAGCUUGCCUGUACUUAUGCUGAUUGCACGACUCUCAGCGAUGGAGGCUCUUGCAAUGGACUCGGUGAGAAGGAUAAUAUCUCGUAUGUUUUCAACAGCUACUAUCAGUCGCAGAAGCAGAAUCCGAGGAGCUGUGACUUUGACGGGAUUGGUAUGGUCACAUUCUUGGAUCCAUCCAUCGGAAACUGCAGAUUUCUUGUUGGCGUCGUGCGUAGCAACUGUGUGAGCUUCAGGUUGAAUGGUAUGAGUGUGUUGUUUUUACUGAUUAUAUAUUGGUGCUUUCAUAUGUUUCUUUAAGAUAGACAUCUUCUGGAAAUCGUUACAUUUUUAGACAGAAUAGGAAACAUCAUCAUCAUCAGAAAAGAUAUGUCAGUUGGGAAAAUUCUUUAGGUCCUGUGAAGACAAUUAGCAAAUUUGGGAUCUUUCUAUAGCAAUGAAUUAUCUUGAUUUAAACAUCACAAAGUGUUUGUAUUCUCUUGAGCUUUCAUUGGCAAAUGACACUGUGGAUGUGUUCAGUACAUUUGAAAAGACGGUGAAGGGCGAACACAAUCUGUAUGAAGUUAUCGAAUAAUCGAAAGAGUAAUCUUGACAUGUUGGUUAUGAAAUCUCUGUCUUGCUAAUGUUCUUGUACCCUUAUCCUUGUGGUUAUCUCUGAGUGGCAAAUAGGGCACCAGGUGAGCUCGCCUCCGCAGUCACGGCACACCUGUAGACAAAAGGAAAUGAGCAAAGAGAAGAACGGUUGUUUCAGACAAGAUCGAUUGCUGUUAAGUUACCUGAUGUCCGCAUCCGAACACAAGGUCUCGUUUGUUCCAGGUACAAACAGGGCAUCUCUGAAAUGUAGGAAUCAUCAGAGCUAUUUCCAGGGAAAGGAUGAUCUUUUCGAGUGAAGAAACUUACCCAAUUGCUCGAAGAACUCUCGGUGUUGUUUGGAGAAGGCGGAUAGGAGCUGGGGAAGUUACGGCUGAAGCUGCUCGACGGCGAUCUGGAUAUAUACGAGUAUGAGUUCGACCGCAGGAUAUGCGUCGGAGGCGGCAACGGAACUCUUGCACAAUGCCCUCUCCGUUUGCUGCAAGAAGAAACGACAUUGAUUGGCGCCGAAGGUAUCGAUCUUAUUAAGGUUAUAAACAUUCGUGUCGAGGAAAGUACAAUUACCCCAAGAGCUGGAGCUCGAGAGUUGCUCGGUAUUGAAACGGGAUCUCCAUUAACGCAGCCAGCGCGAACUCGGCUUCCUUCACGGACAGCGGGACGUUUCUCGACAUGAUUUCUGUGAAGUUUACAAACUGCAUUUCACAGGAAAUGAGUUUGGUGUUGUAGGUACAAAGAGGUUCGGAGUUUAUAGAAAUCCUAAACCUGGAUGUUGUCGAAUGCUCUGGCCGGGACGUUGUCGUCGAACUCGUGCAUCAUGUCCCAUGGCCCGUCUCCGACUCCGACCACGAUGAUCGACAAUGGGUAUUCACUGAGAAACAGAAUCGAAGGUAAGAUUUUCUUAAGUUAAGAUAAAUCUCAAGCUUGAAUUUUUUCUGAUUCUGUAUAACCUUGCUUUGAUGAUUGCAUUCAAUGUGUUCUGUUCUUGAGGACUAAACUUCCCUGGUCCCGUGUCGACGCUUCGCGUCACCUAUCGUAAGAAGAAAAGAUUAUUAAUUUAUAUAAAGAAUCCCGGCGACAACAACGCAACCUACUGAAGAUACCUGGCCAUCGGCUACAAUCAGCAGGACAUGAUAUUGGCCGCCGCUCUGUUCGACUAUCCCGAUCGCAGCUUCGAUAAUCGGGGCAUAUGACGUCGGGCCUACAGAAUCGAAACAGCAGCUCAUCUCGCGAAUAAACGAUCGAUAAUCCGGAGAUAUCAACGAGCUUAAAACAACGGUUUCGAGAACGAACCUGCUAAUUGGACAUAUUGGAGGAUGUCUCGGUACCGAGACAGGGCUUCUUCGAAGCCGUUGCAAGGCCUGUUGUCGGGAUAGAAGCUGAAUACGUCUUGGUCGUGAGUUGUAACUGCAGGAUCAAGGCGAGUUUGAUUUUAAAGUUAUCUGGGUUUUGAAAGUAAUCGACAAUAUUGUGUUGUCGACAUCGACGUACCGUCACCAAACCCGAAACAGGGGAUGAAAUUGUCCUCGUCAAACGCCGAGAGUGUGCUUCCAAUGAUCGAGAUAGCGUGUUCGUAUAGAUUCAACCCUUCGCCCAAGUGAUGUAGGCAUCGACCCCCGAAGGAAUGCUGCCCCGUCCACUCGUUGCUCUUCGUGAAGUCUAUCCCGACGAUGAGAUUCGACGAUUCGAGGCCCGAUUCGUGCAGAGCUUGUGUCACCUAGG